AUGCUCACAACCAGAUACGCAGUUUUAAUUCGUUACAAUAACAACUAUAAACUUCCCGGUGAUCCAAUAGAAGAGGUCAAAGACAUUAAUUUGGAGCGUGUCUCUCGAUGUUUAAACCACAAUUUGAACCCUGAAGAAUCUAUAGGCGUAGUCUUGACUCAGUUUUGUGAGCCAACAAAGCAGUGGUUAGCGUCUCAGGGUAUAACCAUGACAUGGGGUGACGGGUCUGUCUUUUGUGAAGUGUUAGAAAAGUAUGGUUAUCCAGUGCAACACGCGGACGACCUUGCCAAAUUAGAACGAAUACGAACUGCCUUAAAGAAAGCCGAGGAAGAUGUUAAAAUGCCACAAAUUAUAACACCGGAGGAAGUUAUCUUAUGUAGUGAUGAAAUUCCAAUUUUAAUGUAUUUAACUAUUCUUAAAAGUAUCAUAGAGAAAGCACAAGAAGGACUUAACAAAGAAAGUCCAUCAAGUCUUCCAAAUACAAUAGAACAGAACGAUAAAAAAAUAAUUGAUCAAAAAGUCUCAAAGAUACCUCUCGACUUUUUAAACGCAAAAUGUGAAGCAACAAAAGCGGCUGAAAAACUCGAGAAUUCCGUGGUGUUCGAACUCAGUCGAAAAACAGACGUCCGUGUUCAGAGAAUGCAAAAAAAGUCGAUUUCAUCAGAAUUUGAUAAGAGAAAGAGUAUCUCAAAUUCGCCAUCCCCGUCACCAUCGCCUCGAACUCCACAAAUAGAAAAAACAGUGACGUCACCAGAACUGAACCAUCGACCUCAAACAGACCGACUCACUUCAUUGGACAUUCAAACCACUUUCUCGGUGAUGAAAGAAGAGGACUUUAAUGUGAGAAAGCAAUCAACUUCUUCAGUGGAUCACUUAGAAACUGUAAAGGAACAAAUCCAAACGCCACCACUGAAUGAAAAAGUUACAGAGACGCGGAGUGAUGAGAGUGAAAACAGUUCACAAACACAAAGUGAAACAUCUGAUAACAAAGAACCACCACAAAACACGUUGAAACCGGAGAAAACACUGAACGAUAAGAAUAAACCAAUUUUACCAUCACAAGACGUAACGAAAACGCCAUCCCCCAUUACUGUCUUGCAAACACAGAAGUUGUCACGAACACCGAAAAUAAAGAGCGCAAUCGACGCACUCAAACUAAAGGAAAAAACGAGUCCAACAUAUGUCGCAAAGGAAAUAUAUUGUCAUCAUAGUAUAUACCAGUUUGGAACAUCAAUUGAUCCAGAGGACUUUGGGGGGUCACAACGGUUUGUCCAGGUUGCGUCGUGGAUAGGUAAAAAGAAUUGUGUGAAGCUUGCAAAGUUUAAUACAUAUGACAAUUGCUCAUUUGAGAAUCUAAUGAAGAACAAGAGUGGGUUGGUCGUACUUUUUCAAGUAGAGGGAUGCAUCUUUGGGGCAUAUGAAAGUGUCCAAGUCACUGUGGAAGGAGUCAAAGAAGACUUUCAGUGUUUUGUGUUCUCGUUACUGAACCCGACGAACACCAUUCAGAGGUACCUUCCUCUCAAUUUCAAAAAGGUGACGUGGACAUUCAAAGAUGACAACAUUGAGGAAUUGUUAUUUAAGAUUAGUGGCUUUAUAGAGAUCAAAAGAGGGUAUUGUGAGGUAUCAAAUGACUUCAAAUUUUAUUAUAGAGAUCGGUCCCUCAAAGGAGGGAUUGUCUUCUGUGAUUGUACAUCUCCAGAGACAUGUGAACUUCAGAGUGUUGCGAUAUACCAAUUUUAUUAA